CGCCGCCUGCACGCGCCUGCCUGUCAUCUGGAGGACACUCCUCCCUGCUGACAGCGCGUCCUGUCGACUUUCCAGCGCAAUGGUCUCCUGGAUCAUCUCUAGACUUGUGGUACUUGUGUUUGGUACACUAUAUCCUGCGUACUCAUCUUAUAAAGCUGUGAAGUCGAAAGAUGUGAAAGAAUAUGUGAAAUGGAUGAUGUACUGGAUAAUAUUUGCACUAUUCACGGCUGUGGAAGUGUUUACAGAUAUGUUUCUUUGUUGGAUCCCUUUCUACUAUGAACUGAAGAUAGCCUUUGUGGUGUGGCUGCUGUCCCCUUACACUAAAGGCUCCAGUGUGCUAUACAGGAAGUUUGUUCAUCCCACGCUUUCCUCAAAAGAAAAGGACAUUGAUGAGUACAUCUGCCAAGCAAAGGACAAAAGCUAUGACACACUGGUGCAUUUUGGGAGAAAAGGGCUGAAUGUUGCCGCCACAGCUGCAGUCAUAGCUGCAACAAAGAGCCAAGGGGUCCUGUCAGACAGACUGAGGAGUUUCAGCAUGCAGGAUCUGUCUUCCUAUGAGUCUGACACCGUCAACACCGGCCCUGGCACCACUACGCAGCCUGCAGCAGCACAGCAUCGGACCAGAACUAUGAUGCGUAGCAAGUCGGAGAGUUGCAACAAGGGACAGGAUUUUGACAUGACUGAGUAUGAGAUGUUGGGGUUGGACCAAUGGGACUCCAAGGAGUUGCUGUCCCAGACCAUUUCACCUUCUGAGUCUGAGUCCACACCCAUUACGCCCUCACCUACACCCCAGUCGUCCCCACCCUCCACACCCUCUCUACCUCCCUCUCCACCUCCCUCUCCUCCAGCACCGGAGCAUCCUGAGGAGGUGGGGAAAGGGUUGCAAGCAGCAUCAAGCUCUCCACAGCUCAGGCUGAUUAAGAGGAAGGCUCCUGAGCCUCCUCUUAGAGUCAUUAGGCCUCUCACAAGAUCCAGGAGUGCCCUUUCUUCAAACAAUGAAGCCAUGUGAAACUGUCCUAAAGACUACUCCAGCUGCCUUUGCUGCAAGAAGUAAAAAUACUAAAUGGCCAAAAGCUACAUGACUGAAGCAGCCUUGCUUUGGAAUAAGGUAUUACCAAAGUGACCUAUGAUGACCCCUCUAUAUAUAUAUAUAUAUAUAAAUAUAUAGUGUAUGGCUCAUGAUUUAAAAACAAGGUUUGUGAAAUUGAGAUCGUACAAAUGAAUGAAUGGGCAAUAUGCUGACAGACAUUUUGAAUUUGUGGGUUAUUGAAUAUAUAUUUAUGUACAGUUUGUGUGUACUUCAUCUUUCUGAUUUGAUUGUUUUUAUAUAUAUCAGGUUUGGGAAGGCAAUUGCAUGUGUGUCUUCCCUGUCAUUAGUCCUGCUGGUUAUUUAACAGAAUGUACUGUAACUAAUUACUGCAGCCAGCAGUGAAAGUGACAUGACAUCCCUGUUAGAGAAUGUGUUAAAUGCAAAGGAUCAAAAGAAAAGGCUGUAUUUACCCCCAUUCAAUCUGUUCUGGAGAAACCUCUGUGAGCAGCGGUAUUCUGCAAUGACUAUCACAUUAAGGUAUUCAGAAAUCACUUAAAAACCUAUUCUGAGAUGAGACCACCUACCUUUGUAGUAAUGAAAAGUCAGACUGCAGUGGCAGACAAUAUUCUGUUAUUUACCUCUCUAUAAAAGCCUUAAAGAAAGACCUACAUAUAAAUGUCUCCACCAAUAAUAUGUUUUUCAACACACCUAUGUUCUAAUUAAACAAUCAUUUUUGCACUAUGUUUAAAAUAUAAAUAAUACUAUGAAAUGGCCCAAAAUUACAAUGACAAUAAACAAUCAUAAAAUUUGUAGCUGGAUAGUAUUACCAAUAACUUUAUUUCUUCUGUGGUAAAGAAAUAACUUGUGUAACAAGUAAACACAUCAGAUAAAAGUCACUACUACAAGAGGUUUCCACAGUGGAGCAGACUGUUUUUUACAAUCUACUGUUCAGUGUGUUAGCAUGUUUUGUCAUUGAAUUGACAAUUUGAGGCCAAUUAGAAAUGUGCCACUUUCAGCUGUAGCAGCAAUAGGAUAUUACAUGAAUACAUCUUUACUGUAUAUAAACAUGGUUCUUUUUCCAUGUUUGAAAUCACUGUGUAGUGCUCUGCUGUUAACUGAGCAACACUUCUUCGAUCUUACCUUUUUAGGAAUUCAUGAGAGUGACUUCAUGGUUGCAGGUUUACAAACUUACAUUUUAGGUAAUAUUGCAUGGUGUUUUCAUAUUAUAAUUAAUUCACUGAGCCUGAAUCAUAGCAACAUUUUACACAAAGUAUCACUGUGUUGGUUGUUGAUGGAAGAUAGUUAUUAUUUUUAUCAUUGUAUCUGUAUCAUUUUGGGUGGUUUGAAGUUUGAAACAAAAGCUUCUCAGGUACAACUGUUCUGUUUACACGUCAUUCACUCAGAUGUUGUAGAUAAACUUGUUAUGCACAUAAAAUAUCCUUUUUAAUGGAUACAUAGUGGAAAAAAAUGAAACCGGAAAAUCAGAUUGUGUUUCAACGUUAGUAGUGUCAAUGUUAGAGCUGGAGGUGAUUCUCUUCUUUUAAAAUUAAUUCAAAGUAAAACAGAGAGAGAAUUUUUUUUUUUGCUAAGUAGCAGAUUUGUAUACUUGUGCGUAGUCUGAUAAACUCAUCAUUGCAUGAUGUUUGUUAUUACUUUGAGUGAACAUUUUGAUUUCUUAAAUGAUUUUGUUCAGAUGCCUUGCUGGUAAAAAAUGUCUUUUUUUGGUUGCUUUGUAGAAAGAAACAUGAAAUGUUAUGACUAAACAUACAUGUUGGCUAUAAAUAUAUAUGAAUAACAUCUUAUUUUGACUUUAUUCAUGAGGAAACACCACUUAAAAUCCUACGGAAUUUUGUUCUGGCAGGCCAGAAUGUCAAAAUUACUUAAAUUUCAACUUGGUUGUGAUAUAUAAAAAACAAAAAAGGAGGGAAGUUGACAUGAUGGUUCAUGGCUAUCAACAUAUCCUACUAGGUUAAAUAUUUCUGUUUAAAUCGAUUAACAGCCAUUAAAUUAAGCAAAACUUUGAA